AUGACUGCUCUUCCACGCGCGCUCUUAGUGUCCUCUCGCGCCAAUGCCAUCGCGAGCAGCUCCCGGUCUGUCGUUCCCUCGCUUCAAUCUGUCUCUCGUCGCCCGUCCCUUCCCCACCGCUCCCCUCGGGUGCACUUCGCUUUCUGCAAAUAUGCUUCCAAUAGCUUCGGCGCGACGUCCUCUUCCCAGCCGGCGCAUAUCCCGGUGAUCCGGUCGCUGGCCCAACUGAGAAGGUGGAGGCGGAUGGUGAGGGAUCAAGGAUUGGAAGUGGGGGUUGUGCCGACUAUGGGAGCCUUGCAUCAAGGACAUCUAGACCUCGUGAAGGCCUCGCUAUCCAAGCAUCCGUUCACAGUGAUGACUUUGUUUGUCAAUCCGAUGCAAUUCGCCCCGACGGAAGACCUGGCGGCAUACCCCCGCACCCUCGAACGAGACCUCGACCUCCUCCGCACCCUCCUCCCAGUCCAUUCCGGCUCGAGCGGUAGCGGGAUGCUCCGCGGUCUCGGUGUGUCCGAGAAUGACUCCUUCCGCCCCGCUCCUGUCACAGAAGAAACGGAACCGCCAGUCAUACCUCGCCCAGUCAAGGGUGCCAAGUCAAAAGCGAGAGACGAGGGCACGCUCUUACCGCCUAUCUUGCCAGAAGAAGAGGUCCCGAAGGGAUUGGGCAAUCUGGUGGUCUUUGCGCCCGGGCCGGAGACAAUGUAUCCCUUGAAAGGGGAUCUGCAGGAUUUGAGCAAGAAGAGGGGGGUCGAGGUGGAUGUUAAGGGAUGGGGGGAUGUCAUGGAGGGUGCUUCCAGACCCCAGUUCUUCAAGGGAGUUGCAACGGUCUGUACGAAGCUAUUCAACGCGGUCGAACCUGAUCACGCUUACUUUGGCCAAAAGGACAUUCAGCAGGCGCUCCUCCUCAAGAUCAUGCUGACUGACCUCCUCCUCGCCCAUCCGCUACCCGAGAAUCUCCACAUUCUCCCCACCACACGCGACCCGCACGACCACCUCGCCCUCUCCUCCCGAAACGCCUACCUCUCCGCACCCGAACGCGACAUCGCUCCUAUCCUGCAUCGCGCACUUUCCGCCGCCCAACUCCUCUUCUCAUCCAUAUCUACCGACUCCGCGGAGAUCAGCGGCGAAGAGAUGAUCUCAGCCGCUACUCAAGUGAUACUGGACGAACAACAGCGGAUCCUCGAUUCCGGCAGCCCGGUGGAGCUACGGAUGGACUAUAUCGAGGUCUUUGAUCGGCAUACGUUUGAGCCUGUGCGAGGGAGACUGGAGCUGGGCAGGGAGGUGGUUGUUGCGGGAGCAGCAUGGGUAGGGAAGACGAGGUUGAUCGAUAAUCUGCUGCUGGGUUGGGGGAUUGAGGAUGCGGUGGCUCCCACUUCGUGA